AAUAAACGUGCAUUAAACACGAACUAUCGUAUUAUUUUUGAUGUGACAAAGAGAAUGAAAACACUUUACUUGUUGAUACUUGGAAUUGGAGCUUUGAUUUCCAAUUGCUCGUCGAACACAUCUAUUGAAGAGACAUUCAUGUCGAUUGUGAAUGAUUGUAAAGAAAAGGAGAGUGCCAGUGACGCCGAUGUGGAUGUUGUUAUAAAUCAUGAGGUGCCAAACAGUCCGACACAAAACUGUCUAUUCGCUUGUUUCUAUGAAACACUCGGUGUGAUCCAAGAUGGUAAAAUGUCGAUUGAUUCAUUGAAAACAGUGAUUCUGGCCAAGUUCAGUGGGGACGGAAAUGCAAUUACAACAAUCAAUGGACUCAUUGAUGAAUGUGCUACAUUAAAUGGCAGCGAUCGCUGUGAACUAGCGCACAACAUAUUGGAGUGUUUGAACAAUGGUGCUAACAAGCAUGGCAUCAACAAAAAGCAACUUUAGAAUUAAUUUUAUUUUAUAUGAUAUGUGAUUCGUUUUUGUCAAGAGUUAGUAUCAGCCGGUGUAUAUUUGUAUGAGAUUGGAGACUUUUUUUUGCGAAUCUCGCUAAUGAGCGCCAUCUGAUUUUAGUGUGAAU